UAACUUUCUUUGAAAUGGCUCGCACGAAGCAGACGGCCCGCAAGUCGACCGGCGGCAAGGCCCCGCGCAAGCAGCUGGCCACCAAGGCGGCCCGCAAGAGCGCGCCGGCCACCGGCGGCGUCAAGAAGCCGCACCGCUACCGGCCCGGCACGGUGGCCCUGCGCGAGAUCCGGCGCUACCAGAAGUCCACCGAGCUGCUGAUCCGCAAGCUGCCCUUCCAGCGGCUGGUGCGCGAGAUCGCGCAGGACUUCAAGACCGACCUGCGCUUCCAGAGCUCGGCCGUGAUGGCCCUGCAGGAGGCGUGCGAGGCCUACCUGGUGGGGCUCUUCGAGGACACCAACCUGUGCGCCAUCCACGCCAAGCGCGUCACCAUCAUGCCCAAGGACAUCCAGCUGGCGCGCCGCAUCCGCGGGGAGAGGGCAUAUUGUGUACAUUAUUUCUUCUAUGAAAUAAUAUUUCAUGUCCUAGAUAACAGAGAACAUGCCUGGUUCACCUUUGUGCUUCGAUUGAAUGAUACAUCCAGUUGGGUGAGAGUGAGUGGCUCUGAAAAGAGCCUUUGGGUUAGAUUAGCUGAAGACGCUUACUUGUCAAGUUCACUUGGAGCUGGUGUACUUGGUGACGGCCUUGGUGCCCUCGGACACGGCGUGCUUGGCCAGCUCCCCGGGCAGCAGCAGGCGCACGGCCGUCUGGAUCUCCCGGGACGUGAUGGUCGAGCGCUUGUUGUAAUGCGCCAGGCGGGACGCCUCGCCCGCGAUGCGCUCGAAGAUGUCGUUGACGAACGAGUUCAUGAUGCCCAUGGCCUUGGACGAGAUGCCGGUGUCGGGGUGCACCUGCUUCAGCACCUUGUACACGUACACCGAGUAGCUCUCCUUGCGGCUGCGCUUGCGCUUCUUGCCGUCCUUCUUCUGCGCCUUGGUCACCGCCUUCUUGGAGCCCUUCUUCGGGGCCGGAGCCGACUUGGCGGGCUCGGGCAUGGUGAUGUUCGGACACGGAACCCUAACAGAGUGAAAGCUGAGCGCAGGUUCACGGCGCGGAAUUUGAAGAUUCGGACCAAUCAGGAGGACGUUGCCUUUAUAAAUAAGACCCGGAGCAAAAGCAUUACCAGUUGUAAACCGUGCUUGCAACAUCUCGUCAUGGCUCGCACGAAGCAGACGGCCCGCAAGUCGACCGGCGGCAAGGCCCCGCGCAAGCAGCUGGCCACCAAGGCGGCCCGCAAGAGCGCGCCGGCCACCGGCGGCGUCAAGAAGCCGCACCGCUACCGGCCCGGCACGGUGGCCCUGCGCGAGAUCCGGCGCUACCAGAAGUCCACCGAGCUGCUGAUCCGCAAGCUGCCCUUCCAGCGGCUGGUGCGCGAGAUCGCGCAGGACUUCAAGACCGACCUGCGCUUCCAGAGCUCGGCCGUGAUGGCCCUGCAGGAGGCGUGCGAGGCCUACCUGGUGGGGCUCUUCGAGGACACCAACCUGUGCGCCAUCCACGCCAAGCGCGUCACCAUCAUGCCCAAGGACAUCCAGCUGGCGCGCCGCAUCCGCGGGGAGAGGGCGUAAGUUCUCACGAAGGAACGCAAACUAUCAACCCAAAGGCUCUUUUCAGAGCCACCUACAGUUUGCUUGAAGAGCUGUGCCGCAACAGGACAGAAUCUCCGCACUCCCCGUAUCCCCCUUGUCACCGCUAGUGUCAGGGGCGGUGCCAGUGCGCGUUCGCGGGCUGCCCACCUCGCGACUCCGGCCUCCGCCGGAACACUAGCCAAACCUCGCGAUCCUUCCCUUGACAACCGGUGUGAAUCAGGCCGAUUGCGCUGCGUUCCCCAGCAGAGGGUGUAAUUAGACAAGUCUUGGCUUUUUCUUGGAGCCGUCCAUAUAGUUGAGUGUAUUUAAAGUGGCUCAUAAAACCACCGUGGACCUGGGUACUUUCAGCUGAACUACAAAA